CCGGUGGGCUGCCGCCGCUCGGGCUCGGUGUCUCGGGGAUGCUGCUGCAGAGAUGGAGUUGAACCACAAAAACAGCAAAGUGUCGGACAGAGUUUGAGACAAAGGGAGGGGGCUUAGCGUUAGUUCUCCAGCUGAACUGACUGCUGGAUGGGCUUUUAUUGAAAAUAAGACCGGAGGACGUUAAGUUAAAAAAAACGGGUUGAAAAAUGAAGCUGCUGAAGCCGAGCUGGGUGAGCCACAACGGCAAACCCAUAUUUUCUGUUGACAUUCACCCUGAUGGGACAAAAUUUGCAACUGGUGGUCAAGGAGAGGAUUCUGGAAAGGUGAUGAUCUGGAACAUGGCACCAGUCCUCAGAGAGGAGGACGAGAAGAAUGAGAAUAUUCCCAAAAUGCUUUGCCAGAUGGACAAUCACCUAGCAUGUGUGAACUGUGUGCGCUGGUCCAACAACGGGCUGUACCUGGCAUCAGGAGGAGACGACAAGCUGGUCAUGGUGUGGAGGAGAGCGGCGUUCAUCGGUCCGAGCACGGUGUUCGGGUCGAGCAGUAAGCUGGCCAACGUGGAGCAGUGGAGGUGUGUCACCAUCCUGAGGAAUCACACUGGAGAUGUGAUGGAUGUGGCGUGGUCUCCUCAUGACGUGUGGCUGGCCUCCUGCAGCGUUGACAACACCAUCGUCAUCUGGAACGCUCGCAAAUUCCCAGAGAUGGUGACGUGUCUGCGAGGACACACGGGGCUGGUUAAAGGUCUGACGUGGGACCCAGUUGGGAAAUACAUCGCCUCCCAGGCCGACGACCACAGCCUCAAAGUGUGGAGGACGGUGGACUGGCAGAUGGAGGCCAACAUCACCAAACCCUUCAGUGAGUGCGGCGGGACGACCCACGUCCUGCGUCUGUCCUGGUCUCCAGACGGUCAGUAUCUGGUGUCAGCUCACGCCAUGAACAACUCCGGCCCCACCGCUCAGAUCGUGGAGAGAGACGGCUGGAAGACUAAUAUGGACUUUGUGGGCCACCGUAAAGCUGUCACCGUGGUGAAAUUCAACCCAAAGAUCUUUAAGAAGAAGCAGAAGAACGGCAGCUCUCCGAAGCCCAGCUGUCCGUACUGCUGCUGCGCUGUGGGCAGCAAAGACCGAUCGCUCUCCGUCUGGCUGACCUCACUGAAGCGCCCUCUGGUGGUCAUUCAUGACCUUUUCGAUAAAUCAAUUAUGGACAUCUCGUGGACUCUGACAGGUCUGGGGAUGUUAGUGUGUUCCAUGGACGGCACUGUGGCGUAUCUGGACUUCUCACUGGAUGAACUGGGAGACCCGCUGAGUGAGGAGGAGAAGAACAGCAUCCACCAGAACAUCUACGGUAAGAGUCUGGCUAUAACCAGCACUGAGGCCCAGCUCUCCACCACCAUCAUCGAGAACCCAGAGAUGCUCAAGUACCAGCAGGAGCGACAGAACUCGGCCCAGGCCAACUCAGGACCGGGCAACGCCGGGCCCGAGUCCUCCGCCCCCAAACUGAACAGUGUGAUGAACGGAGAGUCUCUGGAAGAUAUCAGGAAGAACCUUCUGAAGAAACAAGUGGAGACAAGAACCGCGGACGGGAGGAGACGAAUCACACCGCUGUGUAUCGCUCAGCUGGACACGGGGGAUUUCUCACCGGCUCUGUUCAACAGCGUUCCCAUCCUGCCCUCUGGCUCCUCCAUGUCCAGUCAGCUCACCCCUCAGCUCAGCUCCGACUCCAGCCCGGGACAGGCCUCCUCUCUGGGGCUCAGGCCCAGCCACGACCCCAUGCUCACAUCACCUCCACCCAGCAGCACCACCAAGGGCCUGGAGGACAACAAGGACGGUGUGAAAUCCAGUCUGCUGCUCACUGCUGCCUCCAAGAUCGAGCCAAUGAAAGCUUUGGACUCCAGGUUCACAGAGAGGUCAAAGGCCACGCCAGGGGUCACAGCCGCCAUCUCCUCCACCGCUGGACUCACGCCUCUAGACAGCAGGCCAAAAGACGGCAUCUCCGCCCUGAAGGAUGUAAAAACCAAAGAAGAGACCAGCAGCGACAGCGAGGACAAGAUCAACACCAUCAACAAAAACCUGGCGUUUGGCAAGAGGAAACCUGAGCUGCUGAUGGAUGGAGGAGAGGUGGUGGAGAAGAGGAAGAAGGGACGGCCCAGGAAAGAGAAGAUGGCCACUACCAUGGCCCAGCCCUUCACCCAGAUCACUCCUCCAGCAGAGCGCGAGCCCAGCAGGGUGGCGGCUCCUCCAGCUCCUGUAGCUGUUCUCAAACUACCGACACCAAGUACACAGAAGGCCUUCAGUCUGCAGGUGAGCAUGGAGCCGUCAGUGUUCCUGGAGGUGGAGAACGAGGUGUCUGUGGUCUCCGGCUCGAAGCUCAGCCAGCUGCGAUGCUCCAGAGACGGACGGGACUGGAACACCCUGCUGCCCAGCUCGGUGGUCACGGCGGCAGGGAGCAGCGAUGUCCUCGCCGUCGCCUGUGAGGACAGGAUGUUGUCAGUGUUUUCUUCCUGUGGGCGGCGGCUCCUUCCUGCCAUCCAGCUGGGCACGCCGGUGUCGGCCCUGCACUGCUCGGCCCACUUCGUCAUGGCUCUGACUGCGGGAGCGACGCUGUCCGUCUGGGACGUUCAGAAACAGAAGGCUCUGGUGAAGAACGAGUCUCUGCUCACCAUUUUAUCAGGUGCUGACGCCACAGUGUCUCAGUCUCUGCUGACUCAGCAGGGCGUUCCGGUCAUUGGACUGUCCAAUGGGAAGUCCUACUGCUUCAGCUCCUCUCUGGAGACAUGGACUCUGAUAGCAGAUAAAGGAGACUCUCUGGUUCAGUGCGCUGACUUCAGGAGCUGCCUACCUACCCACGAUGCACCUGUGUCCUCAGGGCCGCUGGCUGUAAUGCAGGGACGCAACCUCAAUGCUGGCCGGCUGGCUUCCCGCCUCUCCUCCAUCCCUCACCACCUGCAGCAGAGCAUGACGUUGGCCUUCCUGGAGAAUCAGCUGGCGUCCGCUCUGACUCUGCAGUCGGCGCAGGAGUAUCGCUACUGGCUGCUCAUCUACGCCCGUUUCCUCGUCAACGAAGGCUCAGAGUAUCGUCUCAGAGAGCUCUGUAAGGAGCUGCUGGGUCCCGUCCACAAAUCCGCGGCCACAGCCUGGGAGCCCACCACUCUGGGCCUACACAAGCGGGAGCUGCUGCGUGAGGUUUUACCCGUCAUCGGCGAAAACCUGCGGUUCCAGAGACUGUUCACGGAGUACCAGGACCAGCUGGAGCUGCUGCGCAGCAAAUAACACACACACACACACACACAUUUGGACUCAUGAUGAAACCAGUGUGUCUCGGCUCGGCUCGGCUCGGCUCAGCUUGGCUCGGCUCGGGUAAACUCUGACUGCUUUCAUCGGCUUGGGAAGCUUGAAAGUCUGGUCUGGCUGAGUCCUGAAAACCACUUCCUCUGUUUUCAGUCCACAGCUUUUCAGGCACUGGGACGUUUCAGUGCUGUCUCUCACUGGGGACGAAUGGGUGCUUCAUUUUUUUUUUCUUAUCACGGUUUGAGUUUGAACUGUUGUGUCGUCUUUUUUCCUGCUAGAUGUGUGUUUUCUGACCUAUGCACCUCUCUGCCCUCCUAAUCAUGAACGUAUGAAGAUAGAACGGUCACAGGUUCACUUCCUGUUAACGGCUGAUGUGCAGCUGCUGAGUGUCCCUCAGAGAGAGACAGAGCAGAGGUGUAAAUCAGAGUGGAUGUAAAGGAGCAAUAUGCUUGAACCAAAGUGAAGCCUGUAGGUGUAGAAAUAACCACAAAGGCUCAGCCGGAUUUCACAGGCUGAUGUUUCUGAAUCUGAGUAAAAGUGACAGUUCUGAUGCCAAAAUGUGAAGCCACAGAAAAAAUGACGAUUACGUUUAGAAAUUAAAAUUUAUACGCUGAAAUACAGGAAUGGAUCUCUGGGAAAAGGAGUCAGAAGGGAUCUCCGAUGUUUUUUUUUACAGCUGAUUAUGACCCGUGAAAAACAUCGAUGCUUUGGGUUUGUUCAGAAGGAGGAAGCACAGCAGCCGAAUCGUUCUCUGACUGGGCUUCAGUCUGUCAGCGUCAGCGUCAGCGGCUCCUGUUUCCUGAGCUCUAAUAUCUCACACUCUGCAUCGAAGAUUUGCAUUUAAGAUAAUCAGAGAGAAAAUAGUUGGACUAACACUAUCAGCUCUGCUCGUUUCCUCUCUAAUGUCUGAACACACGAGCAGUUUCAGACUGUAGCUUCGUCUUAUCUUUGAAAUCAUGUGAACAUGGAGCUGCACUCAGAGAGAGCCGGUGGAGAAAUGUUAGAUAUGUUAUUUGGCCUGUUUCACUUUCACGUGUCUCUUUUGUAAAUAAGCUGAAAUCAGAACACAGAAACACGACCAGGUCUCAUGAAGAUCAGGCAGAGGGCACUGCUGAAAAAGCAGCUCGUCAGGGCUGAAGGGGGAAAGUUACAUGUUGUUUUUGUCUGAUAUCCAUUAACGUGACAGGAAACCCGUCAGUGAACUUCACCUGAUGAAGAACAGUUCUUCUGUUCAGCCUUUAGUUUGUCUGCAGCAGCAGUGAUGCCUCCUCUGUGGGCUCGGUGUGUGUGAAGUCCCCGUUCUUUACUAAUCUGUACAGCGUUUCUUUCUUUCUUUGUUUUAUUUUUAUUUUUUUUGUUUUUUUGCUGUUAGUCAUUUUUAAAUGUUUGUACAAGGCAAUUUUUUUGUUUCCAUUUUCUAUAAGAAAAAGAAGAAAAUGAGCAGAGACGAACUGAUAUUUUGCUUUUGAAGAAAAAGUUAAAAUUAAACAAAAUGAGGAAC